GCGGACGCCAAGAAAUGCCCCCGCUUGGACCCACCCGACAUGCAGGAAGGACCUGGCCACCCAGCUGCAGAGGGAGUAAAGGCAAGAAGGCAGGGGAUAUCCUGGCCCCCUGCUCGGAAAGGAACCCCUGCCAACCGGGACGGCCCAGGUCACCUCGACCCUGGCCCCAGCGUCGCUCUCUUUGGCCGGCCGCUGGCAGCUCUCUGCGGGGAAGAUGGGAACCUGGCCCAGCCCGUCCAGCAUCUCCUGGCUAUACUGUACGAGAAAGGGCCUGACACUGAGGGCAUCUUCAGGAAAGCGGCCAACGAGAGGGCCCGCAGGGAGCUGAAGGAGGUCCUUGACCAGGGUGAGAAUGCUCACCUGGACAGCAGACCUGUGCACCUCUUGGCAGUGGUGCUCAAGGACUUCCUCCGAAACAUCCCCGCCAAGCUCCUCUCCGACAACCUCUUUGACGAGCGGAUGCUAGCGCUGGAGAAGCCGAGCCAGCAGGACAAGAUUGACAAGCUGAGAGAGGUAGCUGACAACCUGCCGAGUGCAAACCUCCUCUUGCUCCAGCGCUUGCUCGCUGUGCUCCACCACAUCAGCGAAAAGGCAGAGACCAGCAAAAGGGAUGCCAGCAACCUUGCCAUCGGCGUGGGGCCAAACCUGCUGAGCCUUGACAUGGGCAACGUGCUCCCACUGGCAGCGCAGAAGGAGAGGAAUGACAAGGUCUGUUGA